ACAGCUGAUGAGCUAUAAGCCUCCAAGCAGGCAUUAAAAUACACAGACACCUGUUUGGGGGCUGUGGAUGCCCCGCUGGGUGGCAUGCCUUCUCUACUUUACAGGUGUAGGUCUGUUUGGCAAUGGAACAUCCCCCUAGAGGGAAACUGAUUGUCAGAGUGCAGGCUUUGCAGAGAGAUGGCAUUUAAUGUGCAUGAACUUUAACACGCUUGAUCCAUACCUUGGCAAGGACAAUCCAAGAAGAAUCUGAGUCCAAUAAUCCCAUCAGCACCUGGGACACAAUUUAUAAGGGCACCCCGAUGAUAGUAUGUAUGGUUGGACAAGACGAGGCCUCCCAUGCUGCUAUGAAUAUAUAGGGUACGUCAUUUUACUCAAGAUCCCAUUUGAUUUUUUUGUCCCUUAUUGUAAGCUAAAGACACCGGUUAACAUCGAAGCCUGGACCAGAGGAUAUUUGUUUCCCUAGUUUCUGACAUUGAACGUAGCUCAGAAAAUUCUAUGGAUCUGUAAGCAUUUGGACACCAGCUCACAAGGCAUGUCUUUUUCCCAUCUCAGACUGGCUAGAAAUAUGUUAUCGAAAAGUAAACUGCGUUGUACAUCUGUGGCCGGAAGCUUUAUUAUGCUGGUCGCUCUUGUUUUGAACAUAAGGAUUGUGAUUUUUUUUGUUCAUGAAUCUGAAGAAUCUCUUUCACGACCUCGCAACCUGACCAUCUUGAUAUGGCAUUGGCCUUUUCAUCGUUCCUUGAAUAUUUCUGGAGAUGUUUGUUCAGAUCUGUAUAAUAUCCAGAGAUGUCGCUUGACAGAUGACCGUGAAGAGUAUAGCCAUGCAAAUGUAGUGGUUUUUCACCACAGUGAACUUGGUAAACAAGGUUGUGAAUUACCUACUAAUGGUAGACCACAAGUGCAAAAGUGGGUUUGGGUGACACUGGAGUCUCCUUCCAACAUCCAUGGGAUUUCUAAAUGGAACAACAUUUUCAACUGGACCUUAAGUUAUCGAGAAGAUUCUGACAUAUUUGUGCCAUAUGGGAAGAUGGUUCCAAGAGUAUCGCAGAUCGUUCACAACUUCAACAAGACUGGAUUAGUUGCUUGGGUGGUCAGCCACUACAGGAAGACCCAGAAAAGAUCUUUAUUUGUUAAAGAACUUUCUUCUCACCUAAAUGUGGAAAUCUUUGGGCGGGCAAGCAAAAGGCCUUUGUGUCCAACUUGUCUCGUUCCAACUGCCUCACACUACUUUUUUUAUUUAGCUCUGGAAAAUUCUGAACAUCAAGACUACAUCACAGAGAAGCUGUGGAAAAACGCUUUCAUUGCUGGAGCAGUUCCUAUUGUGUUAGGGCCAUCUCGGGAGAAUUAUGAAAGGUUUGUGCCUCCAGACUCGUUCAUCCAUAUCUCAGACUUCCCUUCACCCAAAGAUCUGGCAGAAUUUGUAUUAUCCAUGUCUCCGCAACGUUACCUUCAGUUUUUCCGCUGGAAGGUAGAGCACGAGGUGAAAUUAUACACAGACUGGAGGGAAAGGUUUUGUAUGAUCUGUGCAAAGUAUGAAUCUUUAACACAAAGUAAAGUUUACAAUGAUUUGGAAGGCUGGUUCAAUAAUAGCAAAUGAAAGUAAUAUAUCUAAUAUUUCACAUCUUACUUGAACAAAACAUUCUAGUGCAAUGAUAGGAAAUUCCACUUCACAUGUAACAAUGGUUCUUAACGUCUGCAUUGGGAUCCAAAAAUUGGGUCUUAGGCACUUCAUUUUUUUUUGUCAGGCCUCGGGCAAUGUUUUACAAUAAAUGACUGUAGUUACAAUGUCUUCUCCGAUGCAAUGGAGAACUCUCUGACUGCUAUGAGACAAAUGUAGGGAUUUCAAAAACAAAAAAGUUUAUGAACCACUGACAAAUGACUGUAACCGCAACAAAAAUGCAAUAAAAAGCCAAUGGUUGCUGCUAAA